UCCCACGAGUUUAUCUCGAGAGCAGGGUGUGCGAGUGCGCCACCAUGCCUGAAUGAAAUAAAGCACGUAGACACAAGUUUCAAAUAGGCUCACCUCCAGGCGGACCGGAGCAGUUGGUCUCAGCGCCCCGCAUCCAGCUCAUGUCAACAUGCCGACCUCCACGGAGCAAACUCCUGAAGCUGUCGACGGAAGAAGUGUCAGCUUUUAUCCCAACUGCGACGUUAGCGUCUGGCUGCGUUCGUGCGAAAAUGAAGUGCCGGAGCCUAUCGAAGGAAUUUUAACGGGAAAUUUGCCGGUCUGGCUGAGGGGUUGUUUGCUGCGCAACGGCCCUGGCAGCUUUAAAGCGGGAGGAGAUGAACGUUUCAAGCAUCUCUUCGACUCCUCAGCAUUGAUCCACAGAUUCUGCAUCGACAGCGGCAGGGUUACCUACCAACGCAGGCUGCUGCGAACCAAAGCGUUCCAAAGAAACCACGCCGCUCAGCGAAUCGUGGUGACGGAAUUUGGAACCAAAGCUGCCCCUGACCCUUGCCAAUCAAUAUUCCAGACGGUGGCUGCGAUUUUCCAGCCGGGAGAGUCUCUGUCUGACAACGCGAUGAUUUCAAUAUACCCCUUUGGCGACGAGUAUUACGCCUUCACCGAAUCUCCCAUUGUGCACCGCAUCAAUCCAUGCACACUAGAAACCAAGGAAAGAAUUAAUGUGUCGGAUUUUGUGAGCAUAGUCAACCACACGUCGCAUCCGUUGGUGAUGCAGGAUCAGACCGUCUAUAACAUUGGCCUGCGGGUAACCGCAUCUGGGCCGCGAUAUCAAGUUGUCCAAUUCAACCCCACCGAUAAAAAAGGCGUCGGAAAAAUGUUUGAGGAAGCCUCUUAUGUGGGCAGCGUGGCUGCUCGGUGGGGCUUAAACCCGUCGUAUAUGCAUACUUUCGGCAUUACGGAAAAUUAUUUCGUUAUCAUCGAGCAACCACUGACCAUUUCUGUGCCGGCGAUGAUUAAAAACACAAUAUUGGGAGAGCCGAUGAUGGCCAACAUGAGAUGGUACCCUAAUGAGCAGACGUUCUUUUAUCUGGUGUCGCGGAGGACGGGCCAGCUAAAACACACGUUCGCCUCAAAAGCCUUUUUCUACCUCCACACAAUAAACACAUUUGAAGAAAACGGAACGUGCGUCGUCGACAUUUGCUGCUAUCAAGACCCAGCCAUGAUCGAUUGCAUGUACGUCGACUCCAUGAUGGGAGCGCAAACCAACCCCGACUACGCGGCGCUGUUCCGUGGGAAACCAAUGCGAUUCAAAUUGCCUCUCGAUUCGGUCAACAAAAGCGAAAGGAUGAAUAUCAACCCUGAGCUCCUUAGUAACUUUGGCUGUGAAACUCCGAGGGUGCACUUGGAGCGGUAUUUGGGAAAAUCGUAUCGCUAUUUUUACGCAAUUUCCGCCGACGUGGACCUCGAUAAUCCUGGGACUAUAAUUAAAGUGGACAUCGAAUCAAGAGAAUCGAAAACUUGGUGCGAAGACCUAGUUUACCCAAGCGAGCCUAUAUUUGUCCCUGCACCAGAUCCACAAAGCGAAGACGAUGGAGUUAUUGUGUCAGCAAUUGUAUGGGGCGGACAAGGCCGAGAAAAUCAAGCAGCGUUGCUGGUUUUGGACGCGAAAACCAUGAAGGAAGUGGCGAGGUGCACAUUUCAAACUGAAGGACCAGUCCCGAAAUGUUUGCAUGGAUGGUUUGCAAAAGAUGUUGUUUGAGACCAAGAACCUUGCAUUUAAUUUUUAUUGAUUUUUAUACUUUCUUAAGUCUGAUAAAAGUAAUGUUGUUAAUUUACUGUAAUUAAUGUGCAUUAAGAUAAAGAUAAAAAAUGUUAUCAGCU